AUGGCCACUAAUGCUCAAGGCUCCGACGAAGAAACAAGUUUCUUAAAUGAUUCACGAAAAGUUGAAUGGCGGCCAGGUACCAUUCUCGUCUAUUGGAAGGGCUUUUGGCUUAUGCUUGAUCUUAUAAAAUCCAUCAUGAUUGUUGAAAAUCAAUUCAAGCCUCUCCCAUCAGAUAUUCUCCUAGCUUCUUAUCCUAAAACUGGUACAACAUGGCUAAAAGCUCUCGCUGUCUCAAUAAUUAGCCACAACUCAAAGGCUUGGAUAUCGCCAGAGGGCGAUGCCCAAGCUGAUCUAUUGCAAACCCACAACCCCCAUGAACUCAUUCCCUUCCUUGAAAUGGAGACUUUUGGUGAAAACUCAUCUCAAAAUAUCAACAAAGUUCUUUCUCCAUGGGUUUUCAGCACCCAUCUUCCUUACUCAAUCCUACUCGAGCAUAUGUUUGGUGCUUCAAUCUCAUUUGAAGGGGCUUUUGAUGAAUUUUGUAGGGGCAUUGUUCCGGAAGGUCCUUUCUUCGACCAUGUGUUGGAGUAUUGGAAAGAAAGAGAGAAAAAGAAUGUUUUCUUUGUUACCUAUGAGGAGUUAAAAGAGAAUCCAAAAGAGUCUGUUAGGAGUCUUGUUGAGUUCUUAAGAUGCUCAAUGACUUCUGAGGAAAUUGAACAAGUGGUGUGGAAAAGUAGUCAUGAGAGACUGAGUAAGUUGGAUGUUAAUAUUGAUGAAGUAAAAGGAAUUUGGCUAGGAAUUCCAUUCAAUUUGUAUUUUCGAAAAGGAGUUGUUGGAGAUGGGAAGAACCAGUUGACAACUGAGAUGAUGGAAAGGCUCGAGGCUCUUGAAAAUCAAAGGUGGGAAGGCUCGGGUUUAAAAUUGAAACUCUCUAUCGCAAAUCCCAACAUCAAAUUGAUGGACAAAAUUUGA